AUUGGAGCGUUGCCUCCAUCACUGAUUGUACUGCUUGGUGACUUAAAUCCAUCCAUCCUUGCACGGGUGUGUUGCUUCCAACUGCUUCAAUUGGUUUGUUUGUUGACUCAGUUGUACCAAUGCGUGGCUAGCCUUUUUCAUCCUUUCAGGCUAUUUGUGCACUUUAAAUUUAGUUCUUUUGGUAGCUGGCGGGUGUGUUUGGUGGGAGCUGCGGGACAUGUUGCUCUUAUGGUUUUUGGGGUGCUUGGUUGGUUUAAUGCCCAAGUUGUGUAUGCCAAUUACACUGCCCUCGCAUAUGCUCACCGGAAGGAAUGAAAUGGGGAUUAUAGAUCGAACAAAAAUCCUGAAUUAGCCGUCAGGGGAUGCAGGUCGAAAAAGAAGGAUCGAAUGCCAAACCCUCGAUCAUCUUCCUUUCAUGUGACGGAGCGAAGAAUGCUGUUAGAAGUGAAAGCCCAGCCCUGGAGUCAUGGCGUUGGCGCCUUCCAUCGUUCUCAGGAUGUGCAUCGUCUCACUCCAUUGGAUAAAGUGGAAUUUCCACGGUUCCGCUUCGUAGCUUUGGCCGCCAAGAGAAGCCCUAAACGCCUCAAAUACUCCGCUCCUCGCUUUUCCAAGGAGGAUGGAUUGCUCUAUGUGGAAGCGGAUCCAUCAGGCACGGACAGUUGGAAAUUGGAACCAGUUGCGGACCUUCUGAAAGAGGGAGCUGUGGGAGUCAUUCCUACGGACACUGUGUAUGCAAUAGUUUGUCACCUGAGAAGCCACUCAGCCAUUGAACGCCUUCGAAGAAUAAAAGAUAUAGAAGCUUCAAAGCCCCUUAGUAUUUUAUGCCGCUCCUUAAGGGACAUAGAUACAUAUACAACGGGGUUCCCUUGUGGUAUUGGCCAAGGUCAAACAAACAUUUUUCGAGCUGUCAAGCAUUGCUUACCCGGACCUUAUACUUUCAUCUUAACCGCAAGCAAAGAAUUACCCAAACAGUGUACAAGGUAUGGGACUACAACUGCAAAAUAUGCAUCAAGGAAAAAUGUAGGUGUCCGCAUGCCUGACGAUGCCAUCUGCAAAGCAAUUUUACAGAUGAUGGAUGCACCCUUAAUAGCCACAAGUGUCAAGUCGCCAAAGGAAAAUGAAUGGAUGUUGGAUCCGGUUACAAUAGCUGAUGUAUAUGGACCAGAGGGUCUUGAUUUUGUUGUUGAUGGGGGUGUCAGAGUGGCUGACCCAUCCACUGUAGUAGAUAUGACUGGGAGAACUCCGAAAAUCAUACGGCAAGGGAAGGGACCUAAACAACCCUGGAUGGUAUCAGAAUCAGAUACAGAUUUUGCUAUCAAUGGAGAGAAUGGGUUAAUCCCUUAUGCAACCUAAGUACGUCUAGGCCAACCCUGUACAGAUAAGUGAUUGGUUAUUUUUGAUUUGUAUGAUUGGUUUGGACUGCUUUCACUUUUCUUGUUUUUGUUUUGAGCAGUACUGAAAUAGAAAGAGAUAGGUGUAUGUUAUGUAAAUGCUUACUUGAGAAAUGGUGCAAUGGAAAUAUUUUUUUUUUUUUGCA